AAGGUAAUCUACCCAUUUUGGCACCUCCUGAGUCCGCGCGCAAUCGCAGAACUUCUUACAUUUCCUAACCCGGCUCUCCGACGCUAGUCCCAAACCGCGAUCGAACCUCGGCAUGUGAUGCGCAACUGAAGCUCAGACUUACAAAAGUUGAAACAUAGCCUGCAGUAAACUCCAGAGUCGAUCUGAUAUCUUAAAGCCUCGUCGCGCAGACUCACGUUCUUUUUUGCCCUUUUCCCCUUCAAUUGCGUCCGCCUCCAUCCCGUACGACUCUCUACUCCCUCUUCUCCACCAUGGCCAGCGGCGCCGUCCUCAACGCUCUGUCCGCGACAAGCACAUACAUUCUCAAAGGCGCAGGCGUCCAGCCACUGCGUGCAUGGCGAGCAAUCGGCGUCGUGCUCGCAAUCCUAAGCUGGAAAAACCUGCCCUUCGUCUGGCACCUCCGCUUCUACCGCGCCCUAAUCCACCAACUCGUCUUCCAAAACGCGCCCAUCCCACCAGGCUCCCUGUUCGAGCCCGCAAUCACAUCAACGCGCACCUCGCUCUGGGAAACCGACUUCAACCUGCACAAGUCCAACAGCACCUACUUCUCCGACCUCGACAUCUCGCGCACACACUACAUGGUCGCGCUGCUGCGCACGGGCAUCUACGCGUCGCGCGACCCGGCCUUUGACGACGGCACUUCGGGGCCCCGCGCCAGCAUGGCGCUCGGCGGGGUGAGCUGCCAUUUCAAGCGGGAGAUUAAGCCGUUUGUCAAGUAUGAGAUCUGGACGAGGCUGCUGUCGUGGGACCGCAAGUGGAUCUAUCUGGUGUCGCAUAUCGUCAAGGCGGGCGUCGUCAGGCCGAAGCACUAUACCUUGCAGCCCGGGAAGAAGGCGAAGUUGGCGGGGAAGAGGGAGGAAGAGGAGAGUUUGGAGGAGCGGAAGGAGAGAAUUAGGGGCGCGUUGUAUGCCACGAGUAUUAGUAAAUAUGUGGUGAAGAAGGGGAGAUUGACGAUUCCGGCGGAGACUGUGCUCGAGCAUUCGAAGUUGUUACCGCCGAAGCCGGCGGACGUUGGGGAGCUCGCAAAGGAGGCACAGGCGAGUGUGGACACGGCGUCGAAUGAUGCGACGACAAGGGAUGAUCUCGACGAGUCCUUUGUGCUGGCGGAAGGCAUUUCGGACUUCACAUGGGAGAAGGUGGAAGCUGAACGACUGCGAGGUCUGAAAUAUGCGGAGAUGUUCGGUAAGCUGGACGAGCUACAUGAUGACUUUGAUGGCGGUGCGAACGGUGCUCUUGGAAGAUACCCAGACCUUUUCUAGACCAUACAUAACAUAGACCUGCUGCAUACAUAGUAUAGUAUAGUAGAUAUAGUAGAUAUACCAAAUAUGCCAUCAGGGGUUUCUUACCCUCUUGACAUAACUAAC